AUGCUGAGCGCAAGGGCACCGGCUACAACCGCGGCAUACCAGUUGCGCUGGCGGUUGUUCUGCUCUUGGUGCACUGGUAUUGAGGUUGUGCCCGAGUCAUGCGGGGUGCAGUAUGUCCUCCAAUACCUGCAGUCUCGCUUGGCAGCCUUUACACUGAGAAGGUAUUUGGCCGCUAUAUCUGCCUGCCAUGUGGGGUGGAUGGACAGAUCAGUGGGGCACCAUCCCUUGGUCUCCAGGUUUAUGAAGGGGGUUCGUCGCCUGCGUCCAGCUAGGACCCGCUCAAUGGGGAGCUGGGAUCUGGAUGUGGUCUUGGAAGCUUUGGCAAAGCCGCCUUUCGAACCAUUGGAGUCUGCCUCCUUGAAACACCUCUCUAUGAAGGUGGUUUUCUUGGUAGCGAUUACUUCCAUGAAGAGGGUGGGUGAGCUUCAUGCUUUUUCGGUAAGAUCUGAGUGCUACCGGAUGGACCCCGGUGGGAGGAGUACAUCUCUCUGCCCCAACCCUUCAUUCCUCCCGAAGGUUCUGUCAGACAGGCAUGUGAACAUCCCUUUUAUCCUGUCUGCUUACAACCCCCCGGCAGUGGCGGGGGAGUCUGAGCCUCCCUCCGGCAUGCUGUGCCCUGUGCAGGCACUGGCUGCCUAUGUGGAGCAGACAUGGUCAGUGAGAACAACAGACCAGCUAUUUGUCUGCUAUGGUGAGAGAGUCCUGGGGGCUGGGCUAUCGAAGCAGAGGCUCUCUCACUGGAUCGUGGAUACGAUUACGACAGCAUACCGCCUGGCUGGCAGGCCAGUGCUGGAAUCUGUGGUGGCACAUUCAACACGAGGUGUGGCUGUGUCCUGGGCUCUACUGAGAGGAGUGCCCCUCACUGAUAUCUGUGCUGCGGCCAGCUGGGCUUCCUCUUGCACCUUUGCUAGGUACUAUCGGGUAAAUGUGGCACCUCCCUCUGUGGCUGGUUCAGCGAUCCUGGGCGUCGCCUCCCCUUCUGAGGACUGUGCCGGGACCCCCCUUCCACAUUGACGACACCUGCGUCUCGGUUCCACGCUGGGACUUCGCCGCUGGCUGGCCAGGUCCCUCUAGCACCGACUAAAUCUGGUACGGGAAUAUACCAAUAUAUUGGAGUGAUCCAAUAUAGUGAAACAUAACGAAGGUUACGUAUGUAACCACGGUUAUGUGAGCUAUAUGGAUCACUCCAAUCCUCUACGGUGCUAGAGGCGCCUCAAAAAUGAUGUAGAGAACGUGUGUCACGGCCACAGGGUCUAUAUAUAGGGGCGGACCCCAGCCGUGACACAGGUGUACACGGAAGUAAAUCUGUAAAUCCUCACCUCGGAUGUAUCCCUCCGCCGCGGAGUGAUACCAAUAUAUUGGAGUGAUCCAUAUAGCUCACAUUACCAUGAUUACAUAUGUAACCUUCGUUCCUGAGUGGCCGAGUUACAGUUUUGCCUUAAAUCUACUUAGAAAUCUAUUGCAAGACUUAAAUGGUUGUCUAGCAAUGAUCAACAACCAAUUUGACAGAGCAUGAAGAAUUUUGAAAAUAAUAAUGGGCAAAUGUUGCACAAUCCAGGUGUGGAAAGCUUUUAGAGACUUUCCCAGAAAGACUCACAGCUGUAAUCACUGCCAAAGGUACUUCUACAAAGUAUUGACUCAGGGGUGUGAAUGCUUAUGUAAAUUAGAUAGUUCUGUAUUUCAUUUUCAAUACAUUUGCUUACAUUUCUAAAAACAUAAACCAUAAUACACAUUAUGGUGUAUUGUGUGUAGAUGGGUGAGAAAAACAAACAAUUUAAUCCAUUUUGAAUUCAGGCUGUAACACAACAAAAUGUGGAAUUAGUCAAGGGGUAGGAAUACUUAAUGAAGGCACUGUAAUGGUAGACCUACCAGUUAGUUAUAGUAAUUUUACUGAUAUCAACUUUGUUUAUGAAUUAUUAAGUGAUUAAAACGUGUAACUCCGUUACUAAAUUGGUAACAGAAUUACAAAAAAAAUCAGUAACGGAAUUACUGCAACUGAAUUGGCUACAAUGGGAAAUCAUAAUAGUUACAAACCACAGUUGGGUUACUUGCUACUGUCCUCCCUUCCACUGGCAUACUGUUAUGUUUAGCUCAUAACUGUUUUCUUUGUCUUUCUGUUGUCUGGUGGUUAAACCAAGAGUGUUAACAGUCUGAGUCUGGACAACCCCUCCCUCUCUCUCUCUCUGCCUCUCUCUCACACUCCAGUUAAUGUCACCUCUCACAGCUCUUACUGAAACCUAACCAUGAGCCCCCUCUAUCUUUCCAUUUACUUUAAUCAUUCAAAAGUAGUUGAAAUUUGGUCAGUCCACCCUGGACUUUAUGUUAACAUCCACAGAUGGACCCGACUGGACCAAAUCUGAACCUAUCAUACAGUUGAAGUCGGAAGUUUACAUACACCUUAGCCAAAUAUAUUUAAACUCAGUUUUUCACAAUUCCUGACAUUUAAUCCUAGUAAAAAUUCCCUGUCUUAGGUCAGUUAGGAUCACCACUUUAUUUUAAGAAUGUGAAUUGUCAGAAUAAUAGUAGAGAGAGUGAUUUAUUUCAGCUUUUAAUUCUUUCAUCACAUUCCCAGUGGGUCAGAAGUUUACAUACACUCAAUUAGCAUUUGGUAGCAUUGCCUUUAAAUUGUUUAACUUGGGUCAAACGUUUCGGGUAGUCUUCCACAAGCUUCCCACAAUAAGUUGAGUGAAUUUUGGCCCAUUCCUCCUGUCAGAGCUGGUGUAACGGAGUCAGGUUUGUAGGCCUCAUUGCUCGCACAUGCUUUUUCAGUUCUGCCCGCACAUUUUCUAUAGGAUUGAGGUCAGGGAUUUGUGAUGGCCACUCCAAUACCUUGACUUUGGUGUCCUUAAGCCAUUUUGCCACAACUUUGGAAGUAUGCUUGGGGUCAUUGUCCAUUUGGAAGACCCAUUUGCGACCAAGCUUUAACUUCCUGACUGAUGUCUUGAGAUGUUGCUUCAAUAUAUACACAUAAUUUUCCUUCCUCAUGAUGCCAUCUAUUUUGUGAAGUGCACCAGUCCCUCCUGCAGCAAAGCACCCCCACAGCAUGAUGCUGACACUCCCGUGCGUUUGGGAUGGUGUUCUUCGGCUUGCAAGCAACCCCCUUUUUCCUCCAAACAUAACAAUGGUCAUCAUGGCCAAACAGUUCUAUUUUUGUUUCAUCAAAUCAAAUCAAAUCAAAUCAAAUUUUAUUGGUCUUAUGCGCCGAAUACAACAGGUGCAGACAUUACAGUGAAAUGCUUACUUACAGCCCUUAACCAACAGUGCAUUUAUUUUAAACAAAAAAGUAAGAAUAAAACAACAACAAAAAAAGUGUUGAGAAAAAAAGAGCAGAAGUAAAAUAAAGUGACAGUAGGGAGGCUAUAUAUACAGUAAAAUAAAGUGACAGUAGGGAGGCUAUAUAUACAGGGGGGUACCGUUGCAGAGUCAAUGUGCGGGGGCACCGGCUAGUUGAGGUAGUUGAGGUAAUAUGUACAUGUGGGUAGAGUUAAAGUGACUAUGCAUAAAUACUUACUUAACAGAGUAGCAGCAGCGUAAAAAGGAUGGGGUGGGGGGGGCAGUGCAAAUAGUCCGGGUAGCCAUGAUUAGCUGUUCAGGAGUCUUAUGGCUUGGGGGUAGAAGCUGUUGAGAAGUCUUUUGGACCUAGACUUGGCACUCCGGUACCGCUUGCCGUGCGGUAGCAGAGAGAACAGUCUAUGACUAGGGUGGCUGGAGUCUUUGACAAUUUUGAGGGCCUUCCUCUGACACCGCCUGGUAUAGAGGUCCUGGAUGGCAGGGAGCUUUGCCCCAGUGAUGUACUGGGCCGUACGCACUACCCUCUGUAGUGCCUUGCGGUCAGAGGCCAAGCAGUUGCCAUACCAGGCGGUGAUGCAACCAGUCAGGAUGCUCUCGAUGGUGCAGCUGUAGAAUUUUUUGAGGAUCUGAGGACCCGUGCCAAAUCUUUUUAGUCUCCUGAGGGGGAAUAGGCUUCAGGGGGAAUAGGCAUCAGACCAGAGGACAAUUCUCCAAAAAGUACGAUUUUUGUCCCCAUGUGCAGUUGCAAACCGUAGUCUGGCUUUUUUAUGGUGGUUUUGGAGCAGUGGCUUCUUCCUUGCUGAGCGGCCUUUCAGGUUAUGUGGAUAUAAAUACUUUUGUACCUGUUUUCUCCAGCAUCUUCACAAGGUCCUUUGCUAUUGUUCUGGGAUUGAUUUGAAAUACAUCCACAGCGGGCCUCCCGAGUGGCGCAGUGCUAGCUGCGCAGCCGGCCGCGACCGGGAGACCCAUGGGGCGGUGCACAAUUGGCCCAGCGUCGUCCAGGGUAGGGGAGGGUUUGGCUGCAGGGAUGUUGUUGUCCCAUCGCACACUAGCGACUCCUGUGGCAGGCCGGGUGCAGUGCAUGCUGACUCGAAUGCCAGGUGUACAGUGUUUCCUCCGACACAUUGGUGCGGCUGGCUUCCGGGUUAAACAGGCACUUUGUCAAGAAGCAGUGCGGCUCGGUUGGGUUGUGUUUCGGAGAACGCACGACUCUCGACCUUCGCCUCUCUCGUGUCCGUAUGGGAGUUGCAGCGAUGGGACAAGACUGUAACUACCAAUUGCAUACCACGAAAUUGGGGAGAAAAAGGGGGUAAAUACAAAAGAAGAAAAAAAAAUACAAAUGAUAUACAUCCGCAGGUUGACUCAAAUGAUGUCAAUUAGCCUAUCAGAAGCUUCUAAAGCCAUGACAUGAAUUUUCCAAGCUGUUUAAAGGCACAGUCAACUUAGUGUAUGUAAACUUCUGUCCCACUGGAAUUGUGAAACUGUGAAUUAUAAGUGAAAGAAUCUGUCUGUAAACAAUUGUUGGAAAAAUUACUUGUGUCAUGCACAAAUUAGAUGUCCUAACCGACUUGCCAAAGCUAUAGUUUGUUAACAAGAAAUGUGUGGAGUGGUUGAAAAAUGAGUUUAAAUGACUCCAACCUAAGUGCAUGUAAACUUCCGACUUCAACUGUAUAUUUCACAAGUUUGGAUAGCACAGUACAGUGAGUAGAGUACAGUAUUGAGUACAUUACAGCACAGUUCUGUACAGUGAGUAGGGCACAGCAAUACUGUACAGUAUAGGGAGUGGAGCACAGUAGAGUACAGUCCAAUAUAAUACAGUAGUACAGUAAAGAAAAGUAGAGUAUAGUACAGUAUAUUGUACUGUAUUGAACUAUGCACUACUUUACUGUACUGAACUCUACUAUACUGAACUAUACUUUACCCUACUCUACUCUGCUGUAUUGUACUGCACUGUACUCUACUGUGCUCUGCUGCGCUGGGCUGUGAUAUCCAAACUUACAGAUCAGGGACCAUGAUGUAAUUCUGUUACCAUAAUUCACUUACUGUAGUUCAAUAACCAAAAUAACGUGGAUUUGCCCACAGACAUUGUUUCAGUCUGUCUAAUCAAUACGCUAGCUGGCCAAGCACUGACAUAGCUCUGUGAAUUCUACACCAUUAUGACAAUAGCAUUCCCUCUUCCAUCCCUGACUUUCAUCCCCCUCUUUCUUUUAUCUUCUAUACAUAGCGUAGGUCAGGAGGUUUCCCUGACCAUGUGACCUAACCAAGAAUAACUCUUGGCCCUAGCUAUGGCUUCCUAACUCCCAGAGGCCUUUCAUACUGAAAUGCUACAAGGUUCUGUGUAGUUACUGCUGUAGCCUUGGGAUUACCAAUACACCAGUCUGUGCAGAGGUCAAGCUGAGCUUUCUAAAAACGGCAUCCAUGAAGAAGUGAAAGAAGUUCAUCUUGGAGUGAUAUAAUUAACUGUUUCUCUCUCACUUCCCUCUUAGAGAGUCGUAGAGGGAAUUGGGGGGGGUGGUGGUUACUGUUUCUAGAAGGAGCCCCUUGUCACGUUGCUGCUGACACUGUUCCCACAGUCAGAUCCUCCGCACGCGCGAGCCACGUCUAUUUCUAUGGGCACUAGCACUGUUUAUGACACAAACUGUUCACAUCCCUCUUGUUGGCGGAGAGAACAUUUAGCAGGUUUAAAGCUUAUUUCCUGUAAUUCUACACAUUUUGUCAUGGGGUGCAAAGAAAAUGUUACCAUUUUGAAGCUAAUUUCCUGCAAUUCUGCACAUUUUGCUAUGUCUUAUGUGUGUUCAUGUGAUAUUCGAGUGACUCAAACAUUACAACAAAAUCUAUGGGCAAAAAAUCUGACAUGGGCUAGUUGAUCUGGACAUUUCUGACAAAUUAUAAAUAGCUCUCUAAGGUAUGCAAUGACUGACAUAACAAGAGGAAAACUGAUGAUGCAAUACCCAAUUUCGAAAUUGCACUUUGUGCAUUCUACUACUACAACUUUCAAGAGUAAGUUCAAAGAAGGACUGAGUUGAUAAAAAAUGUAAUUUAAAAAACGCACCCUCCAGGGUGUGCCCCACAGUUUGGGAACCACUGGUCUAGUGGACUGAGUCACUAGGGUGAGUUGAGGCCAUAGGAAUGGGACUAUCAGGGUUCAAGCUCUGUGUUUGGGGUUUAUAUACAACACAGCAAAAGUCCUUGGCAGCAGAACUAGUUUAGCUUGUUUGAGGUUGAGAUUUCCUCACUCCACUCCUCAGCAGAUAAAUGAUUAUGUGUGUCUGUCUGUGUGUGUGUUUGGCCUGAUUGCCAUGGCCCUGAUUGUGUUGACUCUUGUUGUGUUUCUCUCAGGCACAGGUUUUGUAUGACUUCACUGCUGAGCCUGGAAACAACGAGCUGACCGUGAGAGAGGGAGAGACAGUCACUAUCACCAAUCAGGUGAGCACAUCACCCCCCCCCCCCCCCCCCCCCCCACCCCGCCUUCAUUAUUCAAUUUCUCUCUUUUUAUCCCCUUCGUUACCCAUCUCUCUUUUUCUAUCGCUCUCUUUCUCUUCCACAUAUCUCUCUAUCUGUCUCUAUUUUUGUCCUCAUACAGUAUCUCUUUCUCUUUUUAACACCCCAUCUCUCGUGUGCGCUCUUACCCCCCCCCCCCCCCCCCCCCCUAUCAUUCCCCCAUCUCUCUCUCUCACACCACACUAUACGCACAUCAUCAGUUCAUGUGGCAUUUAUGUGAGUAUAAAAGUAAUAUUUUGCUGGCUCACCUAUGUUCUGUGUCCUGUUUUUGAGUUACAUCAGCCUUGUAAAGUCACAUGAGCAAUAUCUCACAUGAUCCCAUAGACAAUAAAAGCUCCUCUCUGUAGUAGGAUGAGCCAACGUGAUGUUACUGUCACUGUUAUCAUGUGGUGACGGCAGUUCGAAGGUCACUGCAGUGACUGUAACUGUUUCAUCAUCAAAUCUGUUAUCAGUCAAUCACGUCAUAUCAUGAAACCCACUCUCUCCUCACAAGGCCAAUCACAGUCUCUCUUAUUGGUGUGUUUUGUUUCAGGGUAUUGGAGGAGGCUGGAUAGAAGCACAGAAUUCCAGAGGAGAGGUUGGACUAGUGCCAGAAGACUACAUCGAGGUUAGGGAGUGGCUUGGAGUCUUGUCGAUGAAACUGGUUUCAUUUACACUGUAUAUCAAUGUCUUAUUCCUUCUCAUAUACUGUUUCACCUUUUUUUAAAUCUUCUAUGUAUAAUUCACUAUUUAUUUUUUACCAGUUGCAUUCGCCUUGUAGCCUGAACCUGUUAGUAGUGUAACUACAGUGUUACUACACAUGGAUAAGCAACUUGUGUAGUGUUACUGGGAUUUUAAAUGGGAAUGGGCUCAGGACUGUGGCAGGAGGAAAAGGCAGCACACGCCUAGUUUCUCUGUUUUUGGGAAACCACAACAGGAUAUACCCCCUUCAGGACUGGGGGUUUUUAUCACUAUGUUUAUAUAGAGCAGUGAUGUAGGGACCCUUUGAGUGGUGUGUGUGUGUGUGUGAUCCAGUAACAACUUCAGUAUGGGGUGAGUCACUCUUUAUUCACAAGAUGGAAGUUUGUGUUUGUGUUACUAUUGGGCAGACUCCCACCAGCUAUUUCACCCUUAGUUACCUCCCCAGCUGUCCUAGACUGUUUUGGUUCCUUACAGGAUCAUAAUAUUCCCAUUGACAACUGAGAUCCACAUGCUGUUAUAGUGCUUUUCAUUGAAAACAGCAGGACUAAAGUUCACUGUGUCUCUAAAGCAAGCGGUUUCUAUCUCAGUACACCAGACCAGACUACAAUCUGAGGGGGAGGUGUAUGCAGUACAAGGCUACUUCUACUGAGUAUAAAGAGUUAGUUAGGAUUGGCUUUUGUUUAUCAGUGCAGCCAUUCCAGUAAGUCAGCACCUCUUCAACUAUUGUGGGUGUGUGGCUACUCAAUUAUUUUUACUAUACCAUUUCAGUGGCCUCACAGGUGUUCAGUCACUCAACCUUCCAUAAAUCAACCAUAACUUGAGCUUAGAACUUGAGGGUGUAAAAUGUGGUUGUGUUUGUAAAUAUGUAUGUCUCCCUCUCUCUCUCUCUGUGUCUUUCUGUCUUUCUCUCUCCGCUCGUUUCUCUUCUGUCUCUCUCUCCUCUGUCUCUGUCUGCAGCUCCCAGGAGGAGGGGGAAAUGUAGGACAUGUAGCACCCCCAGUAGCUGCCCCAGCAGCUGCCCACGCCCCAGACCUAUCGUUCUUUGAUGCCUUCGCCGCCCCAGCCAACAACACCACACAGAACCAGGUAGCACACAGAAGAAGUAAUGACAUGCUUAUCCACAUGGAGAAAAUAUUUAAUUUCAAAUUGGAGCUAAUGUGUUUUAAAUCAUCAUAAUUGUGGUGUAACCUCAUGUCUCUGUCUGCCUCUGAGUCUUUGACUGUGUCCCAAUACUUCAUAAUAUCUUGCUUCCCUUGUCUCCUUACCUCUGCUUUUAAAUGUGAAUCACCCCUUACUAAUGCUUAUCACUCUAUACUAGUCCCCCCCACUACAGUGGCCUCUGUGCCUGCUAAACCACAAUGCACUGCUCCCAACUAUCCCAUGGUGGUGUGAUGCCUGAGUGGCGCAGUGGUCUAAGUGGCGCAGUGGUCUAAGGCGCUGCAUCGCAGUGCUAACUGUGCCACUAGAGAUCCUGGUUCGAAUCCAGGCUCUGUCGCAGCCGGCCGCGACCGGGAGACACAUGGGCGGCGCACAAUUGGCCCAGCGUUGUCCAGGGUAGGGGAGGGAAUGGCCGGCAGGGAUGUAGCUCAGUUGAUAGAGCAUGGCGUUUGCAACGCCAGGGUUGUGGGUUCGAUUCCCAUGGGGGGCCAGUAAAAAAAAAAAAAAAAAAAACCUUUUUUCUAUUCACUAACUGUAAGUCGCUCUGGAUAAGAGCGUCUGCUAAAUGACUAAAAUGUAAUGUAAAUGUAAUGUUUUGAGUGAAAAAGAAAGCAGAAUGCAGAAGUGAGGGAUGACCUCAGUCUUUUAUUAAUCAAAUUAAUAUUAUUCUUCCAUCCUAACCUCUCUGACAUGAAGAAGCAAGAGCAGCUGCCGUAGCUAUUUCUGCACGGUUGUGGGUUUUAAACUCCCUGGUUUUAGAUAUUGGUCUAGGACAGGUGACCACUCAGCAAAAGACAGGGGUUACAUUAUGUGUGAUUGUGUAUGUAUUGAAAAAUACAAUAGAAUGUGAGUAUGAAUGAGUGUGAACUACAAUGCCUUGCAAAAGUAUUCAGAUCUCUUGAAUUUCUUCAAAUUUUAUUUUGUUACAAAGUGGGAUUAACAUUUAUUUAAUUGUCAUUUUUGUCAGUAAUCUACAGAAAAUACUCUGUCAAAGUGGAAGAACAAUUAUAUAUAUUUUUUUACAUUAAUAAAAUAAAUAAAAUAUAGUCGUUGUAUAAAUGUUCAGCUCCCUGAGUCCAUACAUGUUAGAAACACCAUUGGCAGCAAUUACAGCUUUGAAUCUUCUUGAGUAAGUCUCUCAAGAGCUUUGCACAGCUGGAUUGUGCAAUAUUUCCCUAUUAUUCUUUUAAAAUUCUUCAAGCUCUGUCAAGUUGUUGGGGAACAUGGCUAGACAGCAAUUUUCAAGUCUUGCCAUAGUAUUUAAUGCAGAUUUAAGUAAAAACUUGCCCAUUCACUGACUUCUUAGUAAGUAACUCCAGUGUAGAUUUGGCCUUGUGUUGUAGGUUAUUGUCCUGCUGAAAGGUGAGCUCCUCUCCCAGUGUCUGGUGGAAAGCAGACUGAAGCAGGUUUUGCUUUAGGAUUUUGCCUGUGCUUAGCUCCAUCUCGUUUCUUUUUAUCCUGGAAAAACUCCCCUUUAUUUGCUGAUGUCAAGCAUACCUAUACCAUCAAGCAUACCUAUACCAUCAAGCAUACCUAUACCACAUUGCUUGAAAAUAAGGAGGCAGUUAGUCAGUGAAGUGUUGUGUUGGAUUUGUAUACCUUUGCCAUGCUUUUUUGCAGUAUUACUUUAGUGCCUUGUUGCAUAUAAGAUACAUGUUUUGGAAUAUAUUUAUUUUGUAUAUUUGUGUGCUUCUUUUCACUCUGUCAUUUAGGUCAUUAUUUUGGAGUCACUACAAUGUUGUUGAUCUACCCUCAGUUUUCUCCCAUCACAGCCAUUGAACUUUGUAGCUGUUUGAAAAUCACCAAUGGCCUCAUGGAGACAUCCCUGAGCAGUUUGAUUUCUGUCCUACAGCUCAGUUCAGAAGGAUGACUAUCUUUGAGGUGUCUGGGUGGUUUAAUGCAUAAUGCACAGCAUAAUUAUUAAGUAGACCAUGCUUAAAGAGAUAUUCAAGAUGUUUUUAGGGCUGACCCAAAAUAGUCGACUGGUCGAUUGUUUAGUUGAUAGGCAGUUGGUCGACAUAUAUAUUUGCUACUGCUUAACAAAAAAAAAUAUAUAGAUACUUUUUUUCCCCACUGUGUAUUUAGUCAGCUACCAAUUGUGCAAGUUCUCCCACUUAAAAUGAUGAGAGAGGCCUGUAAUUUUCAUCAUAGGUACACGUCAACUAUGACAGACAAAAUGAGAUUUUUUUUCUCCAGAAAAUCACAUUGUAUGAUUUUUUAUGAAUUUAUUUGCAAAUUAUGGUGGAAAAUAAGUAUUUGGUCAAUAACAAAUGUUUCUCUACUUUGUUAUAUACCCUUUGUUGGCAAUGACACAGGUCAAACGUUUUCUGUAAGUCUUCACAAGGGUUUCACACACUGCUGGUAUUUUGGCCCAUUCCUCCAUGCAGAUCUCCUCUAGAGCAGUGAUGUUUUGGGGCUGUCGCUGGGCAACACAGACUUUCAACUCCCUCCAAAGAUUUUCUAUGGGGUUGAGAUCUGGAGACUGGCUAGGCCACUCCAGGACCUUGAAAUGCUUCUUACGAAGCCACUCCUCGUUGCCCGGGCGGUGUGUUUGGGAUCAUUGUCAUGCUGAAAGACCCAGCCACGUUUCAUCUUCAAUGCCCUUGCUGAUGGAAGGAGGUUUUCACUCAAAAUCUCACGAUACAUGGCCCCAUUCAUUCUUUCCUUUACACGGAUCAGUCGUCCUGGUCCCUUUGCAGAAAAACAGCCCCAAAGCAUGAUGUUUCCACCCCCAUGCUUCACAGUAGGUAUGGUGUUCUUUGGAUGCAACUCAGCAUUCUUUGUCCUCCAAACACGACGAGUUGAGUUUUUACCAAAAAGUUAUAUUUUGGUUUCAUCUGACCAUAUGACAUUCUCCCAAUCCUCUUCUGGAUCAUCCAAAUGCACUCUAGCAAACUUCAGACGGGCCUAGACAUGUACUGGCUUAAGCAGGGGGACACGUCUGGCACUGCAGGAUUUGAGUCCCUGGCGGCGUAGUGUGUUACUGAUGGUAGGCUUUGUUACUUUGGUCCCAGCUCUCUGCAGGUCAUUCACUAGGUCCCCCCGUGUGGUUCUGGGAUUUUUGCUCACCGUUCUUGUGAUCAUUCUGACCCCACGGGGUGAGAUCUUUCGUGGAUUCCCAGAUCGAGGGAGAUUAUCAGUGGUCUUGUAUGUCUUCCAUUUCCUAAUAAUUGCUGCUUACCUAUUGCAGAUUCAGUCUUCCCAGCCUGGUGCAGGUCUACAAUUUUGUUUCUGGUGUCCUUUGACAGCUCUUUGGUCUUGGCCAUAGUGGAGUUUGGAGUGUGACUGUUUGAGGUUGUGGACAGGUGUCUUUUAUACUGAUAACAAGUUCAAACAGGUGCCAUUUAUACAGGUAACGAGUGGAGGACAGAGGAGCCUCUUAAAGAAGAAGUUACAGGUCUGUGAGAGCCAGAAAUCUUGCUUGUUUGUAGGUGACCAAAUACUUAUUUUCCACCAUAAUUUGCAAAUAAAUUCAUUAAAAAUCCUACAAUGUGAUUUUCUGGAUUUUUUUUUCUGUACCUAUGAUGAAAAUUACAGGCCUCUCUCAUCUUUUUAAGUGGGAGAACUUGCACAAUUGGUGGCUGACUAAAUACUUUUUUCCCCCCACUGUAUAUACACAGUACCAGUCAAAAGUUUGGACACACCUACACAUUCAAGGGUUUUUCUUUAUUUUUACUAUUUUUUACAUUGUAGAAUAAUGGUGAAGACAUCAAAACUAUGAAAUAACACAUAUGGAAUCAUGUAGUAACCAAAAAAGUGUUAAACAAAUCAAAAUAUAUUUUAUAGUUGAGAUUCUUCAAAUAGCUGCCCUUUGCCUUGAUGACUGCUUUGCACACUCUUUGCACACUAGACACCUGUCUUAUUCGCAGCCAUCUCAGUGAACUAAUUCAUUGUGGAGGCUGUGGGGAUGGCACAGUCCAAGAAGAAGGGGAGUGUGGCUAAGAUGCACAAUGCACGUCUCUCUCCAGAAUGCCCUCUCUCCCGGCAAUUUGUGCACUCAAUAUAUUAUUCCAGUCUUUUACCAUUCUCAUUGUUGGAGUGGACACGUUGUUUGCAGAGUGCACAACCUAUGCUACACUUGUGAGAAACAAGUUUUGGUUUUAUUUCAUUCCACUUACAAGUUGUCAAUUUAGUCAUUGUCUUUUGUUUGGAGCGCUCCUGUCAGUGUUGUGUAAGGACGUGCACCUGAUUAUGCAUAGAAGUAGGCCUAUAGGCUAGCUGGCUUGCGCACAAAUGUAGACAUACAAAUGUGCCGAUUUGGGGAUCUGAUUAGUAUUUCUGAUUGGCUUAACGCACCACCACUAAUGAGCUGUGGAGCUUCUCAAAGUAUUGUUUUCUUCACCUCAAACAGCAAGCAAACAAAGUCUGUUUUUACAUCCAUUGAGAAUGACAAUAGUUCCUUGAUGUAUUGAAAAAUCUUUCCAGCUCUCUCCCUCUCGAUAACCACUCAGAGUGAAAGGGAGAAAUGUCAUGCUCUGAUCCAGUGGAAACGCCUUAAAAUAGGCCUACCUGAUUACUUACUUACUUAUCCCUUGCGCAAAUAGCCUACAGCUGUUUCUGUCCAGAGCUCACUGGCGCGGGGAAACUCUGAGGGCCCCGAAUAUUUUAUACAAUGUAGCAUCGGGACCGGACCCAAGUUAAUAGUUAAUGCAAGUUCGUUGCAGACAGGCCAUGCGUAGCCAAUGUGAUUCAUAGGAUAUUUAUUUUUAUCCGAAUAUUUUCUACCUGCAGGCUGCAAUGUUUUUAUUUGGUGGCUUUAUAGGCUAUUUUUACAUAGUUGGCAUGGUAAGAAAUGGUAAGAUAAAUUGGCAUUCCACAUGAGAAAGGUUGCAGACUCCCCGUGUAGCCUAUUACCGGUAACUUGAGGAGAGUAACGGCAGAAUCUGCGAAAGCCAGUAGGAGCGGGAGGAGGAUGGUCGGGUUAUCUUGAUCUCUGGCUGCCUUUUGAGUCAUUUGUGUGUUAUUUCAUCAAACAGUGUGCUUAAAGCAUCACACAAGCUCAAUGUACAGUUGAAGUCGGAAGUGUACAUACACCUUAGCCAAAUACAUUUAAACUCAGUUUUUCACAAUUUCUGACAUUUAAUCCUAGUAAUAAUUCCCUGUCUUAGGUCAGUUAGGAUCACCACUUUAUUUUAAGAAUGUGAAAUGUCAGAAUAAUAGUAGAGAGAAUUAUUUAUUUCAGCUUUUAUUUCUUUCAUCACAUUCCCAGUGGGUCAGACAUUUACAUACACUCAAUUAGUAUUUGGUAGCAUUGCCUUUAAAUUGUUUAACUUGGGUGAAACGUUUCGGGUAGCCUUCCACAAGCUUCCCACAAUAAGUUGGGUGAAUUUUGGCCCAUUCCUCCUGACAGAGCUGGUGUAACUAAGUCAGGUUUGUAGGCCUCCUUGCUCGCACACGCUUUUUCAGUUCUGCCCAAAAAAAUGUUCUAUAGGAUUGUGGUCAGGGUUUUAUGAUGGCCACUCCAAAACCUUGACUUUGUUGUCCUUAAUCAAUUUUGCUACAACUUUGGAAGUAUGCUUGGGGUCAUUGUCCAUUUGGAAGAACCAUUUGCGACCAAGCUUUAACUUCCUGACUGAUGUCUUGAGAUGUUGCUUCAAUAAAUCCACAUAAUUUUCCUUCCUCAUGAUGCCAUCUAUUUUGUGAAGGGCACCAGUCCCUCCUGCAGCAAAGCACCCCCACAGCAUGAUGCUGCCACCCCCGUGCUUCACGGUUGGGAUGGUGUUCUUCGGCUUGCAAGCCUUCCCUUUUUUCCUCCAAACAUAACGAUGGUCAUUAUGGACAAACAGUUCUAUUUUUGUUUCAUCAGACCAGAGGACAUUUCUCAAAAAGUACGAUCUUUGUCCCCAUGUGCAGUUGCAAACCGUAGUCUGGCUUUUUUAUUGCGGUUUUUGAGCAGUGGCUUCUUCCUUGCUGAGCGGCCUUUCAGGCUAUGUCGAUAUAGGACUCGAUUUACUGUAGAUACUUUUGUACCUGUUUCCUCCAGCAUCUUCACAAGGUCCUUUGCUGUUGUUCUGGGAUUGAUUUGCACUUCGCACCAAGGUACGUUCAUCUCUAGGAGACAGAACGCGUCUCCUUCCUGAGCGGUAUGACGGCUGCGUGGUCCUAUGGUGUUUAUACUUGUGUACUAUUGUUUGUACAGAUGAUCAUGGUACCUUCAGGCAUUUGGAAAUUGCUCCCAAGGAUGAACCAGACUUGUGGAGAUCUACAAAAAAAAUUAUGAGGUCUUGGCUGAUUUCUUUUGAUUUUCCCAUGAUGUCAAGCAAAGAGGCACUGAGUUUGAAGGUAGGCCUUGAAAUACAUCCACAGGUACACCUCCAAUUGACUCAAAUGAUGUCAAUUAGCCUAUCAGAAGCUUCUAAAGCCAUGACAUUUUAUUUUCUGGAAAUUUCCAAGCUGUUUAAAGGCACAGUCAACUUGGUGUAUUGUAAACUUCUGACCCACUGGAAUUGUGAUAGGGUGAAUUAUAAGUGAAAUAAUCUGUCUGUAAACAAUUUUUGGAAAAAUGACUUGUGUCAUGCACAAAGUAGAUGUCCUAACCGACUUGCCAAAACUAUAGUUUGUUAACAAGAAAUUUGUGGAGUGGUUGAAAAACGAGUUUUAAUGACUCAAACCUCAGUGUAUGUAAACUUCCGACUUCAACUGUAUAUAUAGUUGAUUUUAUUAAAACACAUAGGGUCCAAUGUUCCGCACGUUUACUGUGAACACUGAGGCUGUACCCGCUUUAAGUUACAGUUUUAACAGUGGCCAUGAAGGCUACUGUGGCUAUUUGAUCAUAAUGUAGGCCUACCAGAGUGGCCUACCAUCGAAAACAAUAGAGAAAAUGCAUCCCAUAGCAUUUUAACAUGGAAAUAGCUGUUCUAUCAUUUAGCCUACAGUAGCAGCCAAUGUGUGGUGUUCAAUGUAGGCCUACAUUCCAUGAGACUUUUGAAAAAAACAUGCAGGGCUUGACAUUAACCUGUUUAUCCACUUGUCCUUCAGACAAGGAGGUCACUGAAAAUGUUGUUGUGUUUUGCAAGAAAAUGCAUUAUUAUUCCCAUAUAAUUAUUACAGAGAAUCAGACAAAUUAUGCUACCCCUGCCUAAUGGCUACCUAGCUUAUUCAAGACUGUCACAAGACUAAAAAAAGCUCUUUACCUGACUCGCUUUUCAAAGAAGAAGUUUUGUGCUCUUGUAGGUAGCAAACACUCCCCUAUUGCUGACUACAAAUUAUCUAUAACUAUAUUAUAUUAUAAUAAUAAUAAUAAUAUGCCAUUUAGCAGAUGCUUUUAUCCAAAGCGACUUACAGUCAUGUGUGCAUACAUUUUUACGUAUGGGUGGUCCCGGGGAUCGAACCCACUACCCUGGCAUUACAAGCGCCAUGCUCUACCAAUUAAGCUACAGAGGACCACCCAUACCCAUACAGAGGACCAUAUGAACAAAAUGUGCACACGUGGCUACAUGCAGGUCUCACUUUGCUCUCAAACAAGUGCAUCAACUCACGACCGCUCAUGCUGUAAACACAGUCCAGUUCAAAGUAAAUGGCACAGAUCCUUAUACAGACCCUUUGUAUUUGUAUGUUUUAUUUAUUAAGGAUCCCCAUGGGGUCCUGCAACAUUAAGGCAGUUAUAUACAAUUUAAAAUAUUACAUGACAUUAUAUUUCAUAACACUUUACCCAAUACAUUUAGUGUGAUCCCUCACGCCACUACUGCACUAUCACAUAAUUACAAUACAACAUCCAUGUGUGUAGAGUGAGUGUCUAUAUGUAUGUGUGUAUGUACCUGUGUGUGUGUCUCUUCACAGUCCCCGCUGUUCCACAAGGUGUAUUUUUACCUGUUUUUUUAAAUCUGAUUCUACUGCUUGCAUUAGUUACCUGAUGUGGAAUAGAGUUCCAUGUAGUCAUGGCUCUAUGUAGUACUGUGCGCCUCCCAUAGUCCGUUCUGGACUUGGGGACUGUGAAGAGACCUCUGGUGGCAUAUCUUGUGGGGAAUGCAUGGGUGUCAGACCCCUUCACUUUUUUUCAGAUUUUGUACAUUACAGCCUUAUUCUAAAAUGGAUUAAUCUGCACACAAUACCCCAUAAUGACAAAGCAAAAACGGGUUUGUAUACAUUUUUUGGAAAAAAUACAUAAAUACAAAUUAAAUAUCACAUUUACGUAAGUAUUCAGACCCUUUACUCAGUACUUUGUUGAAGCACCUUUGGCAGCGAUUACAGCCUCGAGUCUUCUUGGGUAUGACGCUACAAGCUUGGCACACCUGCAUUUGGGGUGUUUCUCCCAUUCUUCUCUGCAGAUCCUCUCAAGAUCUCAAGAUCUGUCAGGUUGGAUGGGGAGCGUCACUGCACAGCUAUUUUCAGGUCUCUCCAGAGAUUUGUUAAGCCAAAUUUUACUCCUGAACAAAUGUAGGCUUGCCUAAACAAAGGAACUGAAUACUUAUGCAACAAGUAUAUUUUAGUUAUUACAUUUAGUAUUAAUAAAAAAAUAUAUAAAAAAUUAACUUUGUCAUUACAGAGUAUUUUGUGUAUAUUGUUGACAAAAUGACAAUUAAAUCCAUUUGAAUCGCACUAUGUAACACAAUAAAUCCAAGGGGUCUGAAUACUUUUGCAAGGCACUGUAUGUUAGAUGCAAGCUUUUUCUUUUUCUUGGAAAACGGAUAGCUAUACAACUGUGAAGACAUGGUACCCCUAUUAUAAGGUAGAGGGGAGUCAACAACAGAACAUCAAAUAACUGUCUCUCAUCAAAUACUCUUACUUCACUGUGGCCCCCGCUUGGGGUCCGCAUUGCCCAGGUUACCCUUCACUCGCAGGCGCUUUGUGAUGAUGUCACCCUCUCUCCCCUCAAGGUGGAUGUUGGGGCCUGUAGUCCUCAGCCGGACACCCCCGACACCCCGGUCCCCCCUUCCUCCUCUUCCCCAGACGAGGUAACCAGCACCGGGCGGGGGUCAGGGGCACAAACAUGGCCCCGUCCCCCACCUCCCAUCUCCAAUCUGCCCACCUGCAACCCCCCCCCCCCCCCACCCCCAGCUCAGCCUGCAAGAGCAUGAUCUUACACUAUACCACCCCCACCCUCUCCUACUCGCCAAAGCAGGAUCCACUUACUUUCUGCCCAUCAAACUACAACUGACCUGGGGCCAGUUGGUAAGGGUAAAUGGUAACUGGAACCUUCAAAUCAGAGGCCUAAUCAGGCCUACCAUCCCCCUACACCUCCACACACCCCAAACACCGAUCCCAUCACAGAUUAAUUAAAUUGAUCAGCACCUCUCUGAUACAACAUGCACCGCUAUGGAUCAAUGUUUCUUAUCAGCACAGAACACCAAACAAAUGAUCUCAACAUUCACAUAUCCCUAUAACCAAUCAAUUAUUACAGUGAUCAGUGAACAUGCUCUCCCACCAGGCAAGAGCCAGCAAUCAUUUGUCUCAAUUCUACCAUUGUUUUUAUAUGUUGUAAACAAAGUGUUAAACAAUUCAGCAGAAUAACUCAAAACUGUUCUGUGGUAACACACUGCAGCUGCUGUGAGCCUGUGUUCCCCACCACAGUGUUCCUCUACUGUACUCUCUCUCCCUCUGUUUGUUUUGUGGCUUACUGUAAGUAGCCUACUAUGGAGAUGUUUGAUCAGCAACUUCCUAUCCAAAUGCACACAUCUCACAUACGCACACACACACACACACACACACACACACACACACACACACACACACACACACACACACACACACACACACACACACACCACACCAGGGCUCUCCAAUCCUGUUCCUGGAUAGCUACCAUCCUGUAGGUUUGUCGCUCCAACCCUAAUCUAGCGCACCUGAUUCUAAUAAUUAGCUGGUUGAUAAGAUGAAUCAGGUUAGUUACAAAUGGUGUUGGAGCGAAAACCUAGGGAAGGGUAGCUCUCCAGGAACAGCCCUGAUCUACACACACAUUCUUGCGGCAUGGCAAACGUCUGCCCCAUACGCAUGGCAUGCAGUUGUCCUGUGGAUUGUCUUGAUGUAAAGUCCUUCUAUGGUCUCAGUGAAUGACUGACUGACUGUAGACAGCAUGAGAUGUGUGUCCGUUCUGUUUGUGUGGUCCUCCAGCCAUGGAAUUCAAUGGGAGAAAUACUUACAGUGACUUGUUGCAUCCUGCCGUGCCUUGGCAUGAUCUGAAUGGUUCAAGUACAGUACGUCACAAUGCUGGACUUGAAUAGGAGGCAUGAAUUUCUUAAUUAUUAAAAAAAGCAUUACAGUGGCAUUGUGCGAGAGAGACUUUUUUAUAUUAUAUUGUGUGACUUGAGGAAACACGCUGUACCUUCAAGGCCAGGGUUCAACUUCCAUACCAUUCAACACACAAUCACACGUGUGUGUUUUCUGACUCUGUAUUUUGAGUGGGAUGUUUGGGGAGGUAGUCUGACAGGUAAGGGUUGGAGGUAGAACACCAUCUUUUCUUCCUUGUUUCAUGUUUUAUGUCCAUUCUUCUCAAGCAGUCUUCUUUUCAAAUUUCUAUAAAGUCAAGUUAUAAACCCUGUAAUUUAUUUCCCUGACAAGUCAUUUAAAACCAGUAUUGGUUGAUUGUUAAACAGGCUGUCCUUUACCCCUACCUCCUUUUCUCUCCCUCUCUUCUCUCUACUCUCUCUCUCUCCUCUAGGCCGAGUAACGGUAAAGACCCGUGGUCGGUAUGGAACCAGGACACCACGGGAGGUUCCUCCAACAACUGGGCGGCCCAGCCGGAGGGCACCAUGACCGGCAAGAGUGCUGCCCCUGACCCCUGGGGCUCCACAGCACAGAGCCAUCCUCAGGCCUACCAGGGCCCAGGUAAGAGCCACUGUUCUAGGGGAACUAAAGGUCAAUGAGGGCUCCUUUAUGGAUCUUAAUACUUUGGUAAUAAUUUGGUAGAAAUACUGUAGUAAAGACCUACUUUAGCAAGUUUCUGGCAAAAGCCUUGCAGAAAGAUGUCUGUCUUCAGAUUAUUAUUUUUUCCCCUUGUUAUACCUCUUUUUAGGAACUUUAUCCGUUGUUAAUAUCUAUGUUUUGUGUUCUAAGAAUAUAGCCUUUGGCAUGCAUGAAGAGUGGUGUUUCGCAAUGCAUUUUCAAGUUGUGGUCUUAAACAGGGGAGAGUGAUGUCAGCGAUAGUUAUGAGAUCACUCGCCUUUGCAGAGAUUCCGCUGGCUUUGGUUUUUCACUUCCUAUUUUAAAACUAUUCAUAUCCUGAAUAAAGAAGUGACUGAUUGAAUGAACAAAAUAACAAAGUGCCUCUUUUUCUUCCUCCAAAGAUAUCUAUCCAUAUCCCUACCUUAUUGACUGGUCAGGUAUCCCACCAUGCAUUGCCUGCCGGGAGGGUUUCCCUGUUUGUGCGAGUGUUGACUGCUUUUUGUUUUAAGAAAAUGUCUGGCAUGUGUAUAACCAGUAACAUUACAUUACUUUCUCUAUUGCAGGCAUGUGUGUGCAUUGUGUGUAUUUUCCCUCAAGAAAGCUAUUCACAUAGUGUAUUUAUAGGUCAAAUUAAUGAAUUGGUUGAUUUUGAAGAUAUAUCUAACUGAUUAUCUAGACUGAUAUAGUGGUUUGCUGUUUUGUUGAUUGGUCGUAGGUUGUGGUUUCUGUUUGAACAAAUACUCUACAGUAUAUAGAUACUCUACAGUAUAUUUAUAAUUUUUCUCUCAAAACAUAGCACGGGGUAGUCUAGUGCAGCGGUUUUCAAACCUCUCAUCGGGCACCCCCAGAUGUUUCACAGUUUCGUUGUAGCCCUGAAGUAGCUCACCUAAUUCUCUAAUCAAGGGCUUGAUGAUUAGUUGAUGAUUGGAAUCAGGUGUGCUAGCUCUGGAAUAAGAACGGAUGGGGGUCCUCGAGGAGAGGUGUGAAACCCACUGGUCUAGUGCAUGUUCUCUGAUCUCGGUUAAGCUUUUUAUGCUGUUUGGUCUCUCUUCCAUGUAUUUGGUUACUAAGGGUGUGUGUGUGUGUGUUCGUGUGUGUGUGUGUGUGCGUGUGUGUGUGUGGGUAGGAGCGGAGGACGAUGAGUGGGAUGAUGAGUGGGAUGAUGUGAAGUCGAACUCUGAGUCUGGAGAUGGAGGGGCCAUCCAGAGAGGAGGGGCUACUGGCUCCUCCAUGAAGAUCUCCCUCAACAAGUAAGACAGAGCUGACUACUACUACUGCUACUACUACUGCUACUGCUACUACUACUACUGCUACUGCUACUACUACUACUACUACUACUACUACUACUACUACUACUACUACUACUACUACUACUACUACUACUGCUACUCCAAACCAUCACACUGAACCCACCAACACUAGCCAUGACCUAAAGACCCGUUUUACCCACAGUCAUAAACAUUGAGUUUGGCUAUAUUAGUUUUAGGUUUAGAAUCUGAGACGUUUGGUGGAGGAUAGUUAGCCCAACUCUGUUAAACCAUUGCCGUUGGACUUCCAGACUGUCAAGUGUCCCUUUCUACCUAAACCCUGACCCUUAACCCCUGACCUUUACCCCUGUGUGUUCUUCUUUGAGCAGGUUCCCCGGGUUCUCCAAGUCUGGUCCUGAGCUGUUCCUCCUCUGCAAGCAGCCACCCAAGGGAAAGGAUAAGAUAACCAUCUAUGUGAGUUGGUGGAGGACUUUCAUCAGUACUGGACAUUGAAUGGAGUGUGGUUGGCUGUGUUGUUUAGCAAUUUUUUGUACUGUAGUCUUUUCAAAUAGCUGAUGUUGGCAGUACAAUUAAGCAUCAUCUUGUAGGAUUUAGUAGUGUUGUCUCUGCUCCGUCACAGAUGGGGGAGGUUGGUCCAGUGUGGUCCUAUCCAGAGGCUCAGCUGGACUGUGUCGUAGCCGACCCCAAGAAGGGCACCAAGAUGUACGGCCUGAAGAGCUACAUCGAGUACCAAGUCAUACCCAACGUAAGUAUCUGUGGGACCACUACUAGUAUCAAUGUGAAUGGUCAUUAAUGUUUCUGUCUCUAUCAUUUCUAGGGACAGAUACAUUGUCGAAAUGCCUGAUAUAAAUAACAAGCUGUCUCAUAGAAAAGCUGCAGUUGCCGAAAGCCAAGAUUAUGCCAACCCAUUGGCAUUGUAGUGCAUGUUAACUUUGUGUGAUUGGUUUGCAGACCACAAACAGACCCGUCAAUCACCGAUACAAGCACUUUGAUUGGCUGUAUGAGAGGCUACUGGACAAGUUUGGUUCGGCCAUCCCCAUCCCCUCUCUACCGGACAAGCAGGUCACAGGUGAGAGACUGACCUGCUAACCUCUCCUCUUCUCUCCUCCACUGAAAAACGUUCUGUCUAUCCUAUAGAAGAGGAGUUCACUCAAUGUAGGAAGGAAUAUGGGGAGGCUGGGGUGCUCUUUUCAAUGCACACAGCUUAUAUCUGCUCUCUCUAGCCCUUUCUCCCUCCCUCUCUGCCAGGGCGUUUUGAGGAGGAGUUUAUCAAGAUGAGGAUGGAGAGGUUGCAGGGCUGGAUGACCAGGAUGUGUCGGCACCCUGUGGUCUCCAACAGCGACGUCUUCCAACUCUUCCUGACCUACAAGGACGAGAAGGUACAGUAGGAGUCUUCCUCAUCUUCCUCCCCCAGGAACAGGAACAGCAGAGGGGUGCAGCAUCAGACUGGACAUGGAGCUCUGACUGUACAGGACUGGUAGUGACAAUUAGAAUUGGCUACUGAGCACUGUGUUGUUGUGUUGCAGGACUGGAAAACAGGGAAGAGAAAAGCGGAGAAAGACGAGGACGUGGGAGUGAUGAUCUUCUCCUCCAUAGAGCCUGAAGCCCCCGACCUGGACCCCAUCGAAGUGUGAGUGACAUCACACCACUCUGUAGCAGACAUACACAAUAAGAAAUGUUAUGGUUUUUUUUUUUCAUUUUGUUUCCAUUGUGUAACAGGGAGCAGAAGUGUGAUCAGUUCAGUCGUUUCACCAAAGCCAUGGAUGAUGGUGUGAAGGACCUACUCACAGUGGGCCAGGAGCACUGGAAGAGAUGCACAGGACGUAUGUAUACACUACAUAAACACUACACAGCAGCUAUGCAGGCUACAUAGUUAUAGCGCAUGACCGUAUCUGUGUCCUCAGCUUUGCCCAAAGAGUACCAGAGGAUUGGCAAGGCCUUCCAGAACCUCUCGUCUGUCUUCACCAGCAGUGGAUACCAAGGUAGGCAUGCUUAGACACACAUUGACCCCACUAAAUGGGAUAUAUAUGGAUCUCUGUAUGUUUUAGUUUGUUCAAUAUAAGUAUUCUUGCAUGUAAUGUAAAAACCAGGUUCUUGUAUCUGCAGGAGAGGCCACCCUCACCGAUGCCAUGACUUCAGCAGGAAAGACCUAUGAGGAGAUAGCUCAGAUGGUGGCUGAGCAGGUACAGUACCAUUACAGGUCAUCACCUGCAGGUUUCUCUCCUGGGUCUCUCUCUUAACCCUUUAUCUCCUCUGGGUUUAAAGUAAUGAUCAGAAUGUGUGGUUAUUUUCAGUGUCAGAAUUGAAUUUCCAUUUUAGUUUAUUUGAUCAUUUAAAAACAAGAAACUGUUAGGUUCUGAACAAACAGAGUAAAAACUCAAACGGACGACUAGAAAAAGCUCAAACCAACUUUAUUCACCCACUAGGUCAUACAGCUGCAAAGACAAAGCAUGAUUACACAAGCACAUAUUUAUAACCUCCUACUAGGCGGGGUCAACUCCUUACACAUCUGGACAGCCAAUACAUUUCUGUUGCUAGGCAGGAAUUAAUUGGUUCCUCUCACUGGUGUAGUGAUGGUGCUGUCUGAUGCUAGAACCUUCGUGGGCGUGGAAGUGUGUUUGUGAGAUAGGACUGUAUGUCACGGUCGUUGAGAGACGGGUCAGACCAAGGUGCAGCGUGAUAUGCGUACAUAUUUAUUUAUACGAAUAAACACUUGACAAAAUAACAAAACAACGAAAAUGUGAAGUCCUAUGGGCUAUACACACAACAAGCCUAACAGGAACACAAACAAGAUCCCACAACUAAGGUAGGCAAUCAGGCUACCUAAGUAUGAUCCCCAAUCAGAGACAACGAGCGACAGCUGCCUCUGAUUGGGAAUCACACCCGGCCAAACAUAGAAAUACCAAACUAGAUCUAAACAUAGAUAUACAAUGACAUAGAUCUCAACUGAAACUCACACCCUGACCCAACCAACAAGAGUUCUCUAGAUCAGGGCGUGACACUGUAGUAGGAGAGUCAGUGUGGUGGGCCCCUUUGGCCCCCCUCCCAGAGGGUUUCUUCUCACUUCAUCUGUUGACUUGACCUCGAGCCGAAUUCCUCGCUUCUCCCUAGUUCCGCAGCUGGCCUGACUUAUCUGAGACUAACUAGACUGUUGCCCUUUGCCUCCCUCCUUAGGAACAGAAUAUGAACUUUCUGCACUUCCCCUUGUCUCACUCAGUAACUUCCCAUAUACCAAGUUCCUAUCCACCCUUCAUUGACCCCAACAUAUACACCACUGUUCAAAAGUUUGGGGUCACUUAGAAAUUGCUUUGAUUUCUAAAGAAAAUAACUUUUUUUGUCCAUUAAAAUAACAUCAAAUUGAUCAAAAAUACAGUGUAGACAUUGUUAAUGUUGUAAAUGGCUAUUGUAGCUGGAAACUGGCUGAUUUUUAAUGGAAUAUCUACAUAGGCGUACAGAGGCCCAUUAUCAGCAACCAUCAGUCCUGUGUUCCAAUGGCACGUUGUGUUUGCUAAUCCAAGUUUAUCAUUUAAAAAGGCUAAUUGAUCAUUAGAAAACCCUUUUGCAAUUAUGUUAGCACAGCUGAAAACUGUUGUGCUGAUUAAAGAAGCAAUAAAACUGGUCUUCUUGAGACUAGUUGAGUAUCUGGAGCAUCAGCAAUUCUCAGUUGAUUUGUAUGUUUACACCUCCGAGACUUAUGGCCUUUGACUAUGUAAUCCGCUUCUAUGGCAUAAGGCCCUGGCUUCAACCCUAUAAUCACUAUGCACACUCUUACUCCCACCCCCAUUAUCUGCCAUUACCCCUCCUGUUGGACAACUGAUAAUGACAUACACAAACAGCUAUUUGAGAAUAAGCAACCCAUUCCUACUCAAGUGAAUAUCAUGAUGCAAAACAUAGAGAGAAUACAAUAAUAUAAAUCAGUGAAGCUAUAACAUAUUGAGAGAAUAUAAUGAUAGAAAACAGUGAAGCUAUAAGACAGUGUUAUAGGGAAAUAGUUCACAAUCUAUAGUGUUAUCUCUAUCAUAUGCCUCCUAUCUCACUAUUAUGGGAACAUUCUGUCUCAGAGACAGGCCCCCUUUGUACUUUUCUCCUGCCACAAAUACAUUUGCACAUAGAUCAUUCCAUCUAACCCAUUACACAUUAAUUACUACUGCUAGGCCACUUAUAUAGUUAUAAACAUACUAAAACGUGCUCAAGUCAAUUAGUCAGUGUCCAACAGUCCCUCAUCUGGAACAAUGAUCACUCAUGUUCCACGCCACUUAGAAUACAUAUUGACUUGAACAGGGAAGGGAGAGAAUACAUGUUUAAUAAUUUCACACCAACCUUGAGCUUGUUUUUGGUCACAGAUCCAGGAAUGGCUAAAGGAUUGCAAUAUUUACCUGGAGCUAACCCUGCAGAUAGCACUACUGGGUGAUCUGAAAAGUCAUAGUCAAUCGAUCAAUAAUAUAAUAAUACUUUUAGCAAAAAUGUUUAUUUUCAAUUUACGAUCUGUAGAAACAAUGAGAAUAGAAAGGUUCAGAACUUUUGUAAAAUAUCACAGUACAGUUGAAAAAUAUAUGGCAAAUAGAAAUCCAAUAUGGAUGGUGUUAAGAGGUAGAUAGGAGGUGUUGAAUGGAGCUGAAGGAUGGGACUAAUAAUAACAACUAAUAACAACAAGAAAACUAAUGUAAAGCAUACUGUGUCCAUAAUAAGUAUAUAGGUUAUAGGUUGAGAGCUUUUGUGAAAGAGCACAGUUAGAAAAAUAUGGCAUAUAGAAGCAAACCAGAUGGACAUCAUGAAAAUGAUCGGAGGAAGUUCAGGAGUAAAAACAAACAAAAUAUAAUUAUUGUAGAAUUUGACUGUGUCCAUAAAAUAUAUAUAGUAUGUAUGGGCUGGAAUUAGAGGCCUAAGCGUUGUUGUUCACUAGUUUACUCCAAUUGGGGAAGGGGUGGUGGGGUGGGAAAGUAAUGAAGGGAAAUAUAAGUUAAAAAAGGAUAUGUAUGUAUGUAUGUACAGUAUCUCACAAAAGUGAGUACACCCCUCACAUUUUUGUAAAUAUUUGAGUAUAUCUUUUCAUGUGACAAAACUGAAGAAAUGACACUUUGCUACAAUGUAAAGUAGUGAGUGUAAAGCUUGUAUAACAGUGUAAAUUUGCUGUCCCCUCAAAAUAACACAACACACAGCCAUGAAUGUCUAAACCGCUGGCAACAAAAGUGAGUACACCCCUAAGUGAAAAUGUAAUCAGUAAGUUCUAGAAUGGUAACAUGACUAAGUAAAUUUCAAGCUAGAAUCCAACAAUACACAUACAAAAGUAUGCACUUGAUUAAGAAUCAUUGAGGAUAAACACAAAAAAAGCACAAAAAGGUCUACGACUUAUUUCCAUUGUGGUCCUCUUUCAUGAUAGCGUUUGGCAUAAUGUGGCAGUAUAAAAAAUAUAUAAUAAUCUAAACUGGCAGAUCAAUUUGGUUACUUAGUCAUAAUAAGAACAAAACAACAUCCAGUUUACACACUAUACACAAAGGAAUGCUAUUUGGUCAUCAUCAUUGGGCUAGGAGGGAUUGCUCACACAAGCACACUAUCCAUUAACCAGGAUUUCACCUUCUUUUAAAGAUACUCAGAGUGGGAAUAGUUUUAACAGAGGCAGAUUAUUCCACUCAGAGGCUCCUGAAGAGUCUCCUGUUGAGUGUAGUUGCUCAAGGGCUGUAAAUAUGUUUAUUAUUAUUUCAAAGGAAAUGUGUGCUAUACAUCAGACGUAGCCUUGUUUUUUUUGUCUCGGUUGUUGUUGAGGCCUUGGAAUCCAAAAUAAGCCUUUGAAGGAAUGUAUACUAGUGUACUUUGAGGGGCAGCUUUGGGGGUGCUCUGAGUACUUCCUGUAACCCCAGAGGCCUUGUGCUCUAUUCCCGUUCAUUUGGUCUCUCUCUUCUCUUCAUCGCCCCAAGCUGCUCCUGUCUGAUGUCACUUCCUGGAUGUCCGCAUGCAUUUCCUGUGGCCUCACAGUGUCUGUUUAUAUCCUAGUUCUGACCUUCUUUUGAACCUCUCACUAAGCAUCCUGUGUGUGUUAUCUGAAGGGAAGAGGUCAAGACUUAUAUAGAUUACUCCAUGACAUUAAUUCAAGGCCACCAGCACUAACCAGAGCCCAAUAUGUUCCCUAUGUUCCCCUGACAGUUCAGUUGAACAUAAUGUUUGAAUAUCAGUUCUCUGACUUAUAUCUAUGAUGGUGUAGUGUGGUUUGUACUGAAAUCAAAGCCUGGCCUUGUUUUUGAUAUUGUCACAGCAGCGUCCACAUGGAGGACUCAUCUGGUAAGCAUGUGUUGCUCCAGUCCAGAGGUUUCUGUCCUCACUCCAGACUCUGUUUGACUUAUUUUUUACCUUUGACCUCCACCAAUCAAUAGCAUUAGCUGUGUAGUUCCAGUCCUGGGUAGUUACUAGCACUCAGACACAGUGCUGUCUGUGUACAGUGCCUUCGGAAAGUAUUCAGACCCCUUGACUUUUUCCACAUUUUGUUACAUUACAGCCUUAUUCUAAAAUUGAUUAAAUUGUUUUUUUCCCCCUCAUCAAUCUACUCACAAUACCCCAUAAUGACAAAGCGAAAACAGGUUUUUAGACAUUUUGGCAAAUUAUUCAGACCCUUUUCUAUGAGACUCGAAAUUGAGCUCAGGUACAUCCUGUUUCCAUUGAUCAUCCUUGAGAUGUUUCUACAACUUGUUUGGAGUCCACCUGUGGUAAAUUCAAUUGAUUGGACAUGAUUUGGAAAGGCACACUCAUGUCUAUAUAAGGUCCCACAGUUGACAGUGCAUGUCAGAGCAAAAACCAAGCCAUCAGGUCGAAGGAAUUGUCCGUAGAGCUCCGAGACAGGAUUGUGUCGAGGCACAGAUCUGGGGAAGGGUACCAAAACAUUCCUGCAGCAUUGAAGGUCCCCAAGAACACAGUGGACUCCAUCAUUCUUAAAUGGAAGAAGUUUGGAACCACCAAGACUCUUCCUAGAGCUGGCCUUGGUCAGGGAGGUGACCAAGAUCCCUAUGGUCACUCUGACAGAGCUCUAGAGUUCCUCUGUGGAGAUGGGAGAACCUUCCAAAUGGACAACCAUCUCUGCAGCACUCCACCAAUUAGGCCUUUAUGGUAGAGUGGCCAGACGGAAGCCACUCCUCAGUAAAAGGCACAUCAUGCAGUGGGGAUGUUUUUCUGGGAGACUAGUCAGGAUCCAGGCAAAGAUGAAUGGAGCAAAGUACAGAGAGAUCCUUGUUGAAAACCUGCUCCAGAGCACUCAGGACCUCAGACUGGGGCAAAGGUUCAUCUUCUAACAGGACAACAACCCUAAGCACACAGCCAAGACAGCGCAGGAGUGGCCUCGGGACAAGUCUCUGAAUGUCCUUGAGUGGCCCUGCCAGAGCCCGGACUUAAACCCGAUCGAACAUCUCUGGGGAGACCUGAAAAUAGCUGUGCAGCGACGCUCCCCAUCCAUCCUGACAGAGCUUGAGAGGAUCUGCAGAGAAGAAUGGGAGAAACUCCCCAAAUACUGGUGUGCCAAGCUUGUAGCGUCAUACCCAAGAACACCCGAGGCUGUAAUCGCUGCCAAAGGUGCUUCAACUAAGUACUGAGUAAAGGGUCUGAAUACUUAUGUAAAUGUUAUAUUUCACUUUUUCAUUUUUUAUAAAUUAGCAACAAUUUCUACAAACCUGUUUUUGCUUUGUCAUUAUGGGGUAUUGUGUGUAGAUUGGGGGCGGUAGGUAGCUUAGUGGUUAAGAGCGUUGUGCCAGUAACCGAAAGGUCGCUGGUUCUAAUCCCCGAGCCGACUAGGUGAAAAAUCUGUCGAUGUGCCCUUGAGCAAGGCACUUAACCCUAAUUGCUCCUGUAAGUCGCUCUGGAUAAGAGCGUCUGCUAAAUGACUAAAAUGUAAAUGUAGAUUGAUGAGGGAAAAAAACAAUUUAAUCAAUUUUAGAAUAAGGCCGUAACCUAACAAAAUGUGGAAAGAGUCAAGGGGUCUGAAUACUUUCCGAAGGCACUGUAUAUUAUAGAUAGUACAUGGAUUCACUCAAAGUACAGAGCUCAAAGCGCAGCACUUUUCCCCUGGCAUUGGGGAUAAUUUGUUUGCAUUUCCAUGUUUGACUGAAUCCAUGGGCUACUAAUGACUUCCUCAGUUCCACAUUAUAGCAAACCUACAGUUCCUUACUUUGGUUCUCUGGUAAUGUUUGGAUGGAUGUGUUAUGGAUCUCUCCCGUGACCAAGCACGUUUUGUGGAUGUUGUUUUCCCUCCAUGGUUCUUUAUUAUCUCCUUUUUUGGUCAUUUUUCUAUCAUUUUUUUGUGGUUUCCUGUUUUUUGCCAUUUGAAACAUUGAUAUUUAUUUCUUUGUCCGAUGAUGAUGUCACAGUUGUAUUAAUGUACUCAUCUUUUUCAUUGGCUUUUCUGUCUCAGUACAAAAAGUGCAUUGUGAACUGGCUUUUGCUCUGUUUGCAGCGGAUAUUGGGUUGUGCGGCUGUGUGUAUGUGUGUGUGAUUGAUAUCUAAUUGUCCCUGUUCUCUCCCUGUAGCCCAGGAAAGACCUGCACUUCCUCAUGGAGAACAACAAUGAGUACAAAGGCCUUCUGGGAUGCUUCCCUGACACCAUUGGAGUACACAAGGUAGGCUCCUACAGGGGAGGGCGGAAGGAAGGAAGGGAGGAAGGGAGGGAGGGAGGGAGGGAGGGAGGGAGGGAGGGAGGGAGGGAUGAAUUGGUGUUCACAUGAUACUGAGUCUAGGGCAGAGGAGAGAGAGAAUAACAACCAUAUGAAAAUGACAUUUUAUUUUGGUUAGGACCUACAGUGUCUUUGCCAUUAAUGUAGAUCCAUGUUUAAUCCAGUAUAGCUGUAAAGUUGAAUCCCUAGGUAUUUUGUGCAAAGCUGUAGACUGUUCUCUCUUUUCACUGGUAGGCGGCCAUAGAGAAGGUGAAGGAGGGAGACCGGCUGGUGGCAGCUAGCAAGAUCACCCCUCAGGACAAAGUGACCAUGGCUAAACGUGUUAGCACCAUGUCAUACGCACUACAAGGUAAGGCUACUGGGCUAAUGCUAAAUGUGUUAGCAAUGGUUAAAUGUGCUAGCACAAGGUGCUGUAAGCCUAUGGCGUAUAAAGAGAUGGUUCCAUCAUCUGUACUACAUCAUGUGACAAAGUGGAUUUCCUGUUUUCUCCCUGCCCACAGCUGAGAUGAACCACUUCCAUAGCAACCGUAUCUACGACUACAACAGGGUGAUGCAGCUGUACCUGGAGGAGCAAGUGAAGUUCUACGAGACUGUAAGAACAGUCGUCCAGACCACACUGUACAAAGAAACACUCCCACAUAGCCAGAAAACACACUUUUAGCUCACACGUCAGUAGCUUCUUCUCAAAUAGAAAACCUAUGAGUUCUUAGCCUGAAUGACAGUCGAUCUCAAGCAAUUGAGUAUUGCUAGCAUUGAAAUUAUAUUAAUUAAUGGGUAAUUUCCACAUGCUCACAUGCAAUUGUCUCCGAUCCUGGUCACAAGGUCUGCAAUGAGAGUGACUGCUAUGAAUAGAUACAUCUGUACAUACAAAUAUUAGUCCAUCAACAAUUCUCCAAUCUGAUGAAUGCUUUUAUUUAGGCAUUCAGCACAUGGCUUUCAAUGGGAUUUUUCUCUUUAAUCCUUGUUUGGGCAGAUUGCUGAGAAGCUGAAGCAAGCACACAGUCAAUUCACCACCAUGUAA